AUGAAGCCGGUAAUCGAAUGGCUAAUAAGCGUUUGUGCUGGACUCCUCUUUAGCACUCAGUCAAUGCGCAUUCUGAAGAUAGCCAACGACGAGAGCUCAACUUCGGCGUCUUCCUCCGCAGGGCCAGCCGCACAGGCGAAAUCAGCGGCGGCGAUUGAAGACAAGCUGGAAAAAUCAUACAUUAUGGGAUCUGAGCAGAUAAGCGCUGAAUUGAAAACAGCUCUAAGUAGCGAUGGAGACAAUCAAGAUGAUCAAGCACUGUCCGUUGGCGGAAACAAGAGCAACAACGGCUGCUUGGAGUAUACCUUGGGCUCGGAGUCGUUGAAUCGCAUGUUGGAGGAUAUGCUAACACAGCCGUGCAGCGAGAACUUGGAGCUGCCCUAUAUAGAGCCGGCAAUACAACUUUAG